CCCCAAUCUCUAGCGGCCAAAUUUUCCAAAAUGGCGUCCGAAGAGGAAAAAGCCCAAAGCGCCGUGCCAGGCGGUGAUACGAUAUUUAGCCGCAUUAUCCGGGGAGAUGUCCCCGCCACGUUCAUACACGAAGAUGACAAGUUUGGGGGAGCUCGCGCACAUGCUGAUGCCAAACGUUGUAUUGCCAUGGAUGACAUCAACCCUCAGGCACCUGUUCACUUCCUUGUCAUACCAAAGACACCAAUCCAAAAGCUAUCACUAGCACAGAAUUGGAAUGCAGAGCUAUUGGGGCACUGUCUUCUAGUUGCAAAAGAUGUUGCCAAGAACAAAGGGAUUUCAGAGGAUGGCUUUCGAGUAGUCAUCAAUGAUGGCCGGCAUGGCUGUCAGUCUGUCUACCAUUUGCACCUGCAUGUCAUUGGAGGCAGGCAGUUAGGAUGGCCUCCUUGUUAGGGAAAAUUUCUCAUCUACGCACAUGUCUAACCAACUUCCUCUCCUUUCUCCCCAUCUAUUAUCCCUCAAAUUCCUGAGCUUUUAUUGCCAAGAAGGCGCAAAGAAUAGACACACAUUCAUGUUCAUUUAUUUCAGUUAAAAAAAAACAUUAUAGUGAACUAAUUUCAGUUAAAAACGAUAAGAAGCAGUGGACUAAAUUUUAUUUGAAAAAAAUCAAAUGGUAAGCCAGUGGUUGGCAUAUCAUAUAUAAAAUUUUAUUUACACAAGUAAACCCUUGCUUCACAGGCUUUCACUGGCAAAAGAAGGAUCUGGCCUUUUUUAAGUGACUAUUUGAAAAUUGGUCCCAGCCACUUGAUGUUUAUUUAAACGAUAUUUUUUUUGUCCUCAGUGGACCCACAUCAUUACCAUGAGAUGUUAAAGUCAUUGUUAUUUAUUAAGGCUUUUAUUUUGAUUGCAAUUAAGUCUUUAUUUAAACGAUUGUGUACCUUUUUGUAUUGUAAACUGAAUUGAAACUACCGUUAUUCCUGUGUUUGUGUAGCAGAAAUGUGUAGUAAAAGAUCAUUUACUGUAAAGUGCAGUGGACAGAAUUGUCAUUGCUGCAUGGCAUUCAUUAAAUGAGCAUCCAAUUAUGAUGUUAUUUAGUAAAACGGCAGUAACGGACUGCAAAUGUGAUAUAAAUAAGGAAAACGACAGUACGUUUGAAAUAAAAAAGGUUCAUAA